AUGUCUAGUACUUCUCUGCUGUCCCAUCCUUGCCAGCUAUGUCAAGAGGCAGCGAUGGAAGGAAUGAAGGCCUGUAUGACCUUUUACCCCCGGGCCUGUGGAUCUCUCCGGGGCAAGCUGGCUGCUUACUUCCUCAGUAAACUAGACGCCGGGAGUCCCCACAUCCAAGAGCUGGCCUGCCAGUGCUACGUGUUGCUGCCAGGGCUCGGCGCUGGGUUUGCCCAGGGAAUGAAGUACAUGGAAUCCUGGGCACAGCAGCUGCACUGCCUCCUCGCGACCCUGCACAGCCUGGUGAAGCAGCUGUACGAAGGGGCAGAAGCCGACCCGGUUCGGUACGAAGGCCCAGGUGUCAUGCUGCCCCUGCCUGAGCUGAACGAUGGAGAUCCCUUCCACGUGCUGCGGUUGAGGCAACGAUUCUCCGCCCUGAGCAAGUGCCUCUCGCUGCUCCUCAGUUCGAACUUCCCUGUGCCUGUGAAAUUGCCAGUGCAGGACGUCCUAAAUUUGGUUUGUCGGAUCCUGAACAUCAGCGCCAAGAACAUGAGCUGGAUAGGUGAAGGACCGCUGAAGAUGCUAGUCCUGCCGGCAAUCCACUGUGACGCGCUAGAAAUUCUCUCAGCACUCAUCACUGUGAGCAGGAAGCAUUUGGUCCGCUUUGCCGACGUCAUCUGCAGGCUCUUCCCGCAGGUCCUGACGGCCUGGAGCGCUUCCCGGGAAUCCGCCGUGCCCGGACAGGAGAGGGCCUACAGCUCAGUGAGAGUCAAGGUCUACGAGGUGCUGGGGAUGUGGCUGAAGGUCUGCGGGGCUUCCUCGGGCGUGCUGCAGGGGCCGUUCCACCACUGCGACGUCCUGCUGGCGAACCUGAUCACAGACGUGACCCCGGUGCUGGACACUACCAAGCUCCGGUCCACGAAGCCGAUGGGGGACGGGAGCCAGCUAUUCAACUACAGCAAGCACAGCAACAAAAGGCAGAAGCUGAUGGAUGUGGAUGAGACAGUGGCCGUGCCAGGCCACAGGAAGCGGGAUGCGACCGCUAACGGUGACGUCUGUCUGGCAGCGUUGAAAGUCUGCAGUGAUCUGGUGCUGUCGUGCGGAAGCUUGCUGAAGGAGGAGAUCCACAAGAAGCUUCAUGAGCUGGUGGUACCUCUCCUGAUCCGACUGCAGCAGAACACCAGCAUGACUAGCCCCUACCUCCGGGGGGAUUGCCGAAGGGAACUGUACCGCCUCCUGCUCUUCCUGCUGUUAGUUCCCAAUUCCAAAUGGCCGCCACCGCUGCACUGCGCCGUCAGGACGUUCAGCCAGGGACAGAAUGACCGUGACCCAGAGGUCUCCUCUUUCUGCUCAGAGGCUCUCGUCAUCUGCAACUGUCUCAUCCACCCCCGGGUGCCUUCCCUUCAGAUGCCCCUGAGCGCUGCCAGCCUCAUUGCCACAGCCUUCAAGCCGGCAGCUACUGACCUGCCAUCUGCUGCCAGGCUGCCACAGGUGCCCACGUUCCACCUGCCGCAUCCUCCUCCUCCUCCUCCUCCUCCUCCUCCUCCUCCUCCACCGCCACCUCUGCCCCAACACCCACUUCCUGCAGCCACCACGGCCCGGGCUCUCGCUGAGCAUCCGCCCUCGUCGCGUUUCUCCGUCCCACCGCCAGCCGCCCGCUUCCCACCAGCAGAGAACCAUGCCGAGGGCGAGGGGGCGCCGGCGGCACCGGGAGACGAGGCAGUGUUCGGGGGCGACCCAAACCGCGGCCGCCCGGUCUUCGUGCGCUACGACAAGGAGGAGGAGUCGGACGUGGAGAUCUCGCUGGAGAGCGACUCCGACGACAGCGUGGUGAUCGUGCCUGAGGGCCUGCUGCCCGAGCGGGGCCCGGUUGGUGGAGGGGGCUCCUCCCCAGCACCACCACCCCUCACCCCCACCGCUGCCCCCGCUCCCACGCCCAGCGCCAAGAGGAAGAAGAAAGAGGAGGAGGAGGAGGAGGAAGAAGGGCCGGACGAAGAGGAGCAGGAGGAGAUUGAGAAGGUGGUGGUGGCUUCACCUCGGGCCCAGGCACCCCCUACCCCAGCCCAGGCCCUGACCCCUGUCCCCCAGCCCCAGCCAGCAUCCUCCCAGGAGCUAGGGGGCGCCGGCGAGCUGCACCUGGGCUCCCAGGAGCUGGACGAGGACCUGACCGUGAUCAACAUCAACAGCAGCGAAGACGAGGAAGGGGAAGAGUACCCAGAGGAGGAGGAAGAGGAGGAAGAUGACUACUACGAUGAGGAGGAGGAGGAAGAGGAGGAGGAGGAGGAGGAAGAGGAGGAAGAUGAUUACGAGGAUGAGGAAGACUUUGAAGAGGGGGAGUUGGAGGACGAGGAGAUGGAGGAUGAGGACGAAGACGAAGAGGAGGAAGAGGAGGACGGGGAGGAGAUGUAUGAGCGAGGGCGGGCCGACAUCCCCAAGGAAGAGAAGCCCGCAGCCCCGAGGCCCACAGAGCUCCUACCUCCUCCCCGGGAGGCUGAGGGACCUGCGCAGCAAGAUCCUGGCCCCCCUCGGGGAUCUCCUGGCCCCCGGCCGAGCGAAGGGGACGGGAGCCCCGACCCCAGGCCAGGCGUGGGAGCCCCUGGCCAGGCGGAGGCCGGCAACGCACCAACGGAGCGGUCCCCGGUGACGGCCACGACCGAGGGCAGGGAGGAGGGAGGGGCGGCGGCCAGCGCCGAGACCCCCGUCCCAGACACCGACGGAGAGCGGGCGGGCAAAGAGACCUCGGCCGAGGGGUCCGCUUCCCCGGAUAAAGACGGUGCGCCAGCCCCCGAGGAGAAAGAGGGCGAGGGCGAAGUUGGCGGGAGCCCAGAGAUCAGGAAGGAGGCCGACAUCGCCGAACAGCGGCAGGAGGAGGUGGUACCUACCGAGAAGUCCACAGAGGCUGAGGACCAGGAGGACCAAACGGCGGCCAUGUUGGCAGACUUUGUGGACUGCCCCCCGGACGACGAGGAGGUAAAGGAGAUGGCGGCUGAAGCCGCGCCCAGUGGCAGCACCUGAGGGCGUUUCCCCGCCGCGGAGCAGAGGCUGGCUAUGUGG